AUGCCCGGAGUCAAUUCCAUUAAGCUCCUGACGGGCAACAGUCACCCUCAGCUGGCUCAAUUGGUUGCCCAAAGGCUCGGUAUCGAGCUCACACCUUGCAUCGUCAAGAAGUUCGCCGACCAAUGCAUCGAUGUGCGUAUCGGCUCCUCUGUGCGAGACGAAGAUGUCUUUGUGCUCCAAACGGGCUACUCUGCCUAUACAGAUCCGAACGAUGCCUUGAUGGAGCUCUGCAUCAUCAUUUCCGCCUGCAAGACUGCCUCUGCCCGGAGAAUCACCGCCGUGAUUCCUUCCUUCCCUUACUCUCGGCACGACAAGAAGGACAAGUCUAGGGCUCCCAUCACUGCCAAGCUCGUAGCUAACAUGAUCACAGUCGCUGGAGCGGACCAUGUCAUCACAAUGGACCUGCAUGCUAGUCAAAUUCAGGGAUUCUUUGACAUUCCGGUGGACAACCUUAGCUCGGAACCUAGUGUCGCUAGAUGGAUUCGAACUAGGGUAGAAGACUGGCGAAAUUGUAUCAUUGUCAGUCCAGAUGCUGGUGGAGCAAAGAGAGCAACAGCUUUGGCGGAUCUUCUUGGCGUCGACUUCGCUCUGAUCAAUCGCAAUCGCAAGCGAGCCCAGAACAAGCGCAUCCGGGAAGCCAGGACUCAGGCGGCUCUGCAAGCUGGUGGUACCUUGCCCUCGGCCAUGUCGAGCACGGAUGAUCUUCGCAGUGGAUUCGCAACUCCCAGUGCUCCGCCUCACGACGCUUCGCAUCCGGAGGGCAGCCACUCUCAACAAGGCGGUAGUCUCCGCUCCGUCAACGACCGGCUCUCAAAUCUCAGGAUGGAGGGUGGAGGCCCUUCGCCAAGGUCUCCCCUGUACUCGCUUAUCGGAAACGGCGUGCAGGCCAAUGAGUCGGGAGAAUUCUUCAUCACCGAUGAGGACGGCCACCGGGUCUUCAGCGGCGGCGCUCAUGCCGGUCAUGGUCACGCCCACGCUCACACUCAAUCUCAGGGACCUUCCAAUGGUGUUGCUGGCCAGGGCCAGCUUUCGCCAGCUUCAUUUGCAGCUGCUGAAGCGGCCGAGUCUGCCCUGCAAGAAGGCGAAGCCAAGAUGGAGAUCCUCGUCGGAGACGUUGAGGGCAAGGUGGCCAUCUUGGUAGACGACAUGGUUGACACUGGCAGGACGCUAGCUCUGGCUGCCAAGACAUUGAGGGAUGCUGGCGCCAAGGAGGUGUACGCCCACAUCAGUCAUGGCAUCCUCAGUGGAAAGGCUGUGGAGCUUCUGAGGAAACUGGAAAUGAAGAGACUAGUCGUGACCAACACGAUUCCGAACGAGGAGAAGGCGCAAGACGCGAACGGCAGGCUGGAGAUCAUGGACGUGUCAGCUGUGAUGGCAGAGAGCAUCAGGCGGGCACAUCACGGAGAGAGUAUUGCCGUACUGUUUGAAGAGCAGGGUGGAGUCAUGGUGUGA